GCGCCUUUCCGCGCGCCCGGGCGGCCCCGGCCCCCGCCGGCCCUCGCGGCCGCAGCCCGCGCCCCGCGUCCCCGGGAAGUUGUCUCCGGAGCCCGCGGCGCCUGGGUCUCCUCCCCCUGAGCCCCGCCCCCCCGCCCGGAGCUGGGGCCGCGAGCUGCCCGGCCCGGGGGCGUCGCCGCCUGCCCCGCCCGCUCCGCGAGUCUCCGCUGCCCUGCGCGCCGCGCGCGUCCCCCGCCGGGCCGGGGACCCCCGCGCACCCCCGAGACGGCGCGCGCCCAGAGCGCGGGAGCCCGGAGCGCCGGGCGCCUGGGACCCCGCGGAGCCGCUGCCCAGCCCGCGGGGCUCGGCCGGGAUGCAGGCUGCGCUGUGAGCCCGGGCGCCAAGGCCAUGUCCGGCGCCCGCUGCCGGACCCUGUACCCCUUCUCCGGGGAGCGGCACGGCCAGGGGCUGCGCUUCGCCGCGGGCGAGCUGAUCACGCUGCUGCAGGUCCCGGACGGCGGCUGGUGGGAAGGCGAGAAGGAGGACGGGCUCCGCGGCUGGUUCCCGGCGAGCUACGUGCAGUUGCUGGAGAAGCCUGGAAUGGUUCCCCCUCCGCCGGGAGAGGAAAGCCAGAUCGUCAUCCUUCCACCUGGGUGGCAGAGCUACUUGUCUCCCCAGGGCCGGCGUUACUAUGUCAACACGACCACCAAUGAGACCACCUGGGAACGUCCCAGCAGUUCUCCUGGGAUUCCAGCCAGCCCUGGCCCUCACAGGAGCUCUCUGCCUCCAACAGUGAAUGGAUACCACGUGGCAGGGACCCCAGCGCACCCUCCCGAGACUGCCCACAUGAGUGUCCGAAAAUCCACCGGUGAUUCCCAGAACCUGGGAUCCUCAUCGCCAGGCAAAAAGCAGAGCAAGGAAAAUACCAUCACGAUAAACUGCGUGACGUUCCCUCACCCAGACACAAUGCCGGAGCAGCAGCUGCUGAAACCAACCGAGUGGAGCUAUUGUGACUAUUUCUGGGCUGAUAAGAAGGAUCCUCAAGGCAAUGGCACUGUAGCUGGGUUCGAGCUGCUGCUUCAGAAGCAACUGAAAGGCAAGCAGAUGCAGAAGGAAAUGUCAGAGUUCAUCCGGGAGAGGAUAAAGAUAGAAGAGGAAUACGCAAAAAACUUGGCUAAGCUCUCUCAGAAUUCAUUGGCUGCUCAGGAGGAAGGCUCCCUGGGAGAAGCGUGGGCCCAGGUGAAGAAGAGCCUUGCAGACGAGGCGGAAGUUCAUCUCAAGUUCUCUGCCAAGCUGCACAGCGAGGUAGAGAAGCCCUUAAUGAAUUUCCGAGAGAACUUUAAGAAGGACAUGAAGAAGUGUGACCACCACAUCGCCGACCUCCGCAAGCAGCUCGCCAGCCGCUAUGCCGCGGUGGAGAAGGCCCGUAAGGCUCUCACAGAGCGGCAGAGAGACCUAGAGAUGAAGACCCAGCAGCUGGAAAUCAAGCUGAGCAACAAGACGGAGGAAGACAUCAAGAAAGCACGGAGGAAGUCCACACAGGCUGGAGAUGACCUCAUGCGCUGUGUGGACCUCUACAACCAAGCCCAGUCCAAAUGGUUUGAAGAGAUGGUGACCACCACAUUGGAGCUGGAGCGGCUGGAGGUGGAGAGGGUGGAGAUGAUCCGGCAGCACCUGUGCCAGUACACCCAGCUGCGGCACGAGACAGACAUGUUCAACCAAAGCACAGUCGAGCCCGUGGACCAACUGCUUCGAAAAGUGGACCCAGCCAAAGAUAGGGAGCUGUGGGUCAGAGAGCACAAGACAGGCAACAUCCGCCCUGUGGACAUGGAGAUUUAGGCUGGCACACACGGCCCCGGGGGUCCUGCUGCAGAGAGGGGCCUGGGGUCCCACAGAGAGGCGGUGGCAGUGCGCACUGUAGGACCCACUACCGAGCGCAGCCGCCCUCCCACCCACUGUCCUGGUCCCGGGCCACUGAGCUGGUGAUUCCAGAAGGGCGGCCCUGCCAGGAGCUGCCCGCAUUCCCAGGCCAAGAAGACGGAUCCACAGCCCUGCCCCGUCUCCGAGGCCGUCGCCCCCACCCCGACUCCUGUGUUCUGCUUCCUGCUCCCAGGACAGACUGAGGCUGGAACUGGGUGUGGUCCCUGCUGAGCACCCUAGGGGUCACCUCCCCACCCAGAGCCAGCUGUGUCACACACUUGUGCCCCUGGAAGCCCCAAGGCCUGUCUUCUAGCUGCCCCCCUGGUGUCCCAGGCUUUGGAGGGUCAUGGCAGAAAGGUCCCUGUCUUCAACCAAGUAUCAGGAUCAGAAUCAUGGAUAGAAGGCACCGUUCAGCUCCCCAGGCCACACCCAGAAUUCUUUGCAGCCCACCCUCUUUAUUUUCUUCCCCUUAUGUUCUGAGAGCCCAAAUCUGGGCUCUUCUUUGCCACUUUCCAUCAUCUGGGAGUCUUGGGAAUAAGGCCUGGCUCCUCUCUUGGCCCAGACCGACCCUGCCUGGAGAGGUCAGGAUGGAACUACCUCAUUCACAUCAGCCCCAAGUCAGAGUGUUGAGUCGCGUUUCCUAUUAGGUCAGGCAUCUUUAGUAAAGUCUCUGGGCUGGAAACCCCAAUCCACCCAACCCUCAACUGCUUCCUCAGGGAAGCUCCCUCCUGCCACCCCUGCCCCCUCCUGGGCUCUUCUCAGGGCCCUGUGUCAGCGCCCUGUGGAAGACGGGUUGGGGUUUGUCCCUCCCCAGAUGUGGCUUGCUUUCCCUGGUCGACACCAAACAGGCAUGGCAUAUUCUCACGGCCACAGUGGGUUGUCACCCUACAGGCAGUGUCCUGCCACCUUGGUCUCAGCUCCUCCUGCAUGUUCCAAAGCCCUGCACGGAGCCCUGCUUGAUGUUAAUAUCAUCUUCCCCCCUACCCCCAUCUCCCAGAUCCCCACAAAAUCCGGUAACUUGGGAAGCUUUCAGCACGCCAUUGGGUCCUCACUCAUCACUCUCUCCCUUUAUAGAAACACAGCAAACACAUUCUCCAUCACAUCUAAGCCCUGAGCAUCACCAUGAGGGGACCAGAAGAAGAAAUGCCCCCCGCCCCGCCCCGCAGCUUCACCACCACCCCAGAGGUGGUCACGUAGCCAGCAAGGGGCAGAUUCUAGCCCAGAACCCACACCCUGAGAACCCAUCCUUCUUAACUCCUCUUUCCCUUUAAUUACUUGGAUGUGCAGGGUCCAUAUACCUCCUACUAGGGCAGGAUCCUGAGAGCAUGACUCCCGGGGUCCUACAGUCUUCAUGCUGGGAAUUGUUGCCUCACUCAUCUUGAAUCCUUGGGCACCUCUUUCAUUGAGUCAGAAUUAUGUCCUCAGUUUAGAGUACAAAGAUGCCGAAUAUCCUAGAGUGACCCAAACUGUCCCCGGUCCUACUAAAACACCCUAACCAAAAAAGGUCCACGUGAAGGCCUUUGCCGACACGAAAGCCAUGAGGGUGGAUCUGUCCCCGGCAGGGAGGACCACUCCUUCCAGAUCUGGGGCUGGGUUGUGACACCAGCUACCAAUCUUAGGAUAUUAUUUUUUGUUUUCUCUAGGAAAAAUGGGUGCUAGUAGUAAUUGCCUUGUGGCUUAGUGAACUCAUUUGUGGGUGAUUUUCAAAUGUUCAAAGCCAAUAGCCUUGUUACUAACAGAUAUUUUGAGUGUGAUAUGGCUCAUGGGUUUUGUUUUCUCCCUCCCAUCUGAGGAUUCCUGAGUCUUCUGGUCCUCCCUGGGAGACAGAGGGGGCUCUCUUGCCUCUUCCAGCCCAUUUUCUGAAGGUACUCCCCACCCCCACCCCACUGUCCUUAAUUUGGUCUCAUUAGCCUUCACAAAUUUCAUUUCUUUUUUUUUCCCUGUGCUCCUUCAUUCACUUCUCAUUGGGGUUAGUGACUGAAGCAAACCGAAACAGUGUCCACACUCCCAAACACGGGGGGUUUGUUUCUCUUCCCUUUGUGAAGACCAGUCAAUUCCUAGAUUAGCGGGUGGGUAGGUAAGAACCUUGGCUGAGCCAAGGUCCCUUCUUGGAAACACAAGCCAUAAACUUCAAAGGACAUCAAAGACUUUGGCUUGUUGAAGUGAUUUUACUUCCAGCCAUGAGUGGCCUCGACAGGGAGAGUUGAAACAGGAUUCUGCAGACCCACUGGUGAUUAUGGAGGUAGUUUGGAAAGCACUUUACAGGUGUUAAGUUGGGGGCAUCGAUCAGUGUAUUCCCCAAAUCCCACCCCGCCAGGACCUACUGCCUUGUUUUUCCAGAUUUCUGGAGGUCAUUGGACCUACGCUAUUGGGGUUUAUUGAUGUACAGUGACACCCACCCUUUGGAAGGAUACGGUUCUGUGAAUUUUGACAGACCUCGUCUUAACGACCAGCCACAAAAACCACAAUAUUUCUAUCACUCCCAAAAAUUCCCUCUGACUCCUUUAUAGCCAGUAUACACCUGCUUCCCUUCCUGCACCCUGGCAACCACUGAUGGAUUAUCUGACCCUGCCGUUUGCCCUUUCUAGAAUGCCGUACAAAAGGAGUCCCCGAUACAGCCCUCGAGUCUGGCUGCUCUCCCUCGGCUUCACGCUCUGGGGUCACGCACAUCGUGUGUGUGUCACUAGCUUGUUCCUUCGUCUCGCAGAACCGCACUAUGUUGCAUGAGUCCUCACUUGGGGAAAUGUUCUGUUGGGCCUGGAGGCUCCUGGCCCAAGGGUCUUCAGCUUGUUUGCACGGCUUCUUCCUCCGCCUCCCAGGGCGCCUCCAAACGCCAGCUGUGCCCACGGUAGUCCUUGGAGCUCACACUUGGCCUUUGUGGCUUAUUUCAGGGUUUUGUGCAGAAAGGGGCCAGGGGUUGGGGAGGGGUGCCUCCCACUUAAGCUGCAGCCUGAGGUUUGCACCUCAGCUGGUAAGCCCACGCAGUCCUGGGGGCCCUCCCUUCGGCUCACAAAGCCUCCAGCUUCUACUGAGCAUUGGGUGUGGGAGGUGAAUGGACAAAUGGCCGGUAAAAAUGCAGGGGGUGACCUCAGGCUGGCCGUGACCUUCCCCUGGAUGUCUGUUGCCUUGGCUGCAGGCUGCAGGUGUGCGUUCUGGUCUUCCCAGCCUCCUCCAGCUACUGCACUCCCUCCACCUCCCCUUCUCACUCCGGUUCUGUAUCCCACACCAUCAUGCUUGACCUGAGCCCCAUCUGUGUGAUUGUGCAUGGUAGUGUCUGAAAUCCUCACGAGAGGGAUACCCUGGCACUUCUCUUGUGUGUAGACCCAAAUGGAGCCGAAAUGAAGAGUUUCCUGAGCUGUUGAGAAUGAGGUAGUUCCUCCUCGGGCCCAGAAGGGAGCACUCAUAAGUCAUUACCUUUGGGGUCUCAUCCCCUGAUCUUUGAUCUCGUGUCCUGAGGUCUGUGUCCAAGGAGCCAGGACAAGCAUGAAGACAGAGCCUCUUCCCAUGAGCUUCCUGAUACUGCUGGAGCCUUGCUCCGCUGGUGGUCACACUGAGCCUGUGCCUGCUGCCCUUGGGUGGUGGCAGGUGGUGACAGAGAUAGAACCCAACCCAGCUAACACUGGGCUAGCUAUGGGCAUGACCCCCAAGGUGAUGACUCCGUCAAGCCAUGUCCUGAUUGUGCCCUGCUUGCUGAGAGGUGAGCCCUUGGAGGCAACCAGGCACCCCUCUACCCCCUACCCCACCAAGCAAAUGGAAGAUAUUCCUGGAUCCAGGCCAGGGAAGGUGUGAGCCAUGGAGCCCAAGUCCGCCGGGGUCCCAUGCUUCUUGGACGCUUCUGGGUUGAGUUUUGGCAGGUAGGGCUUGCAGGAUCGGCAAGCAAAAGACACAGGUAACAAGAACCCUUUAGAGGCCGGGGUGUGGCCAGGUCAGGAGCCUUUGUUGCAGGGUCCCUCCGAGGGAGCUGGGUUGUGAUGACCUUUGGAUCUCUCCCUGUGUGCUGUUCAGGGGACGCUGACCCCUUGUGUUUGAGGGACGUCCCUAAAAGGAUUGCAGUGAGAGUGCAAAGGAUCUGGGCACAUGGGUGUGGUCGUGGAGACAGUGUGACACGGGGACGGAGAGGGAAGGGAUAUGGUGCCAGGGCAAGAGCACUGGACCGGCCCCGCCCUGCUGCCUCGUUGGUCCUGUAACCCGCAGUGAAGUCGCGUUCCCUCCCGGGACCUCCGUGCUCCCUCAUCUGUCAAGCAGGGACGUGUCCUUCCCAGCAUCACACGCAGCCGACUGGCUCCUGGGAGCUGUGGCAUCCAGCAGCUGUGCGGACCCGGGAGCAGACACCCAGAGGGACACCGGCUGUCUGCAAUGGUGACGGGGGUCCCAAAUUGGCAUCGCUUCCCUCCCCUGAGGAGGGAGAUGAGUGGGGGGCGGACCGGGGAGUUGGGGGGCAGCCCUUUCACCAACCAGCACAUCAGCAAACCCUAGGACAGUGGGAUUUUCUAACAAAAUAAACUUGCUUAUUUGGUCUGUUUUCUGUAACUUUUGCUAAAUACUUUAUACAUUUUUAAUGUUAAAAAGCUGUGUCUCCUGCCAGCAUUUCUCAUCCCGGUAUGACUGUGUUUACUUCACGUUGUAUACCCUUCCACCCUCUGGCUGCCUAGAUCAGUAAAUAAAAUUGAUGUACUAUAAUUUAUAAGUAACACUGUUGAAACUCUGAUCCCUAUGGAGGCUGUAACCCACCCGAAUUUCUCCCUCCCCGACUCCCCCCGCCCCGACCCCUGCCACCCCCUAAUAGCAUUUGUGUGUAUUAAUGCUAAAGAAUUAAAUGUUUAAAGGGUUUACAUUUUGAA